AACCCCACGAAGGAGAUUACGGACUUAGAGUAUCCGGACGAGCAGCUCAGAGGAGGUGCGUGGAAAGAUGAGCGCUGGAGGGAGAAAGGCUGGACAGCUGGUGGUAGACUGGGCCCGAAUGGCCGGGAGGAUAUCCGAAGAAGGAAGGGCGCGCUUCAGCCAGCUCCGAGGCCGCUACGAGGCCUGCAAAACCAGCCUCAACUCCUACCCGGAGAAGCCCCAGCCAAUCAACUGGGACCACUAUCGCCAGAACAUUGCUAUCCCUGGCCUGGUGGAAUCCUUCCAGAAACAGUACGGGGGAUUGAGUGUUCCUCACCCCAAGGACACCACCAGUGCCUCUAUUGACAAGAGAGAGAGAGAAGUGGAGGUUAUAGUGCAGGAGACCCUGGCAAAAUCUAAGGAGAAAAUGAAAGAGUGGCAAGAAGAGCUGGCUGCAUUGAAGGCACAAAAGCCAUUUGAAGAUAUGACGAUUCAAGAGUACCUCGAAGACAAGCCAGAGCUAAAGAAACUCGGAGACGAGAUGACCAGGAAGCAAGAGUGGGGUGUGCUCAAGGAGUAGGCAAAACACUUAGCAUUAUGCUUUAUACACCAUAUUCUCAGUAUAGUGAACCUAGCCGCCAUGCUAUAGUAAUACUGUCUACUCAAAACAUUAUGGCAUCAAAUCUCUGAGUGUUCAGUGUCUAUGUAUAAUAAUUAUUGUACAGGUUUAUUAGGUUAUGUCAUAUUAUUUAUGGAGACUUUUGAAAAGGUAAUUCCGUGUGAAGUUAUGUUAUCGUUGAGUGAGUGCGUCAAUUUGUUGUUUGUACAUCUCUUUCAAGUCCACAAUGUCCAAUCUUAGUUCCUCUGCCUUCUCUGCUUUCUCUCCGUACAUUUGUAGCAGGGCUUCGUUAUUCUUCUGUAGCUCCUGUAGCUUGUUUUUCAAGUGAGGGAUGGCCUCCACUUUCUCCACGAGGUCAACAUUCUGCGACGAUGCGGCAGCGAGGUCGUUGGCCAUGGCAGCUCGCGACCUCUCCAGAGAGCCCACCAGGGUCUAAUCAUGUGACAAUCACAUGACAAUCAUCUACAGACUCACUAGUCCUGUACCUAGACCCCACCCACUCAUUACUUGGAAAAGGGGUGUGGCAAACAACUUCCCUGGUCCUAGGACAAG